AUGAGGUUCAUAGAAAUGCAGCUGAUGGCCAUCGUGGGGGAUCUAUUCUCAGCUGGGGGAGAGACUACGUCUUCGUCCAUUCGCUGGGUAUUCCUCUUUCUCAUCCUCUACGCAGACAUCCAGAAGAAGAUGCAAGAUGAAAUCGUCGAGAAGAUCGGGACGGAUCGGUUGCCCUCUUAUGAAGAUCGGGGAAUGUUGCCCUACACCGAGGCAGUGCUGCACGAGGUUGCCCGAAUUGCCUCGGUUGCACCACUGGGUUUGGAUCAUUGCGCUACAACUGAUGCCCAGCUCAGCGGCUUCCGCAUCCCCAAGGGGACGGUGGUGCUGGCGAACAUUUACGCCAUCCAUCGAGACUCCCAAGUACUGGCUGGAACCGGACAAAUUCAGACCCGAAAGAUUCUUGGACGAGGAAGGGAAAUUUGUGAAGAGAGAUGGAUUCAUACCUUUCUCCAUCGAACAGAUUCGACGUUGUUUGUACCAGGGAAGCGAGCAUGCAUUGGGGAGAGCCUGGCAAAGAUGACCAUAUUCCUCGUGACGACGAGUAUUUUGCAGCAUUUCACACUGAAGAUCGCGGCACCCGUGGACUUGGAAGAUCUCCCAGUCUCCUUCCUCUUCCGCCUGCCCCCCCGAGUAUCGGCUCACCGUGCAUCGCCGACCCGAUUCGCACUGAUA